CAAAUGGGAAGUUAUUUGCUCGGGAUUAUUCAAUUGCGUAAACUGUAACGUUUAUAUACCCUGCGAAUAUCUCAAACGAAUCUACCUAAGUGACGUACUGAAAGUUAGUAAAUGAACUUUGGUUGGAACAUAUCGGGUUAUAAAUACCUUGGCCUUGUGUGCGAAGGAUCAUGCACUAAUGUUCCAUUGAAGAGUGUUCAAAUAAAAUGUAGGGUAGUAAAUAUGCUUUCAGACGUCAAGGUAGAGUUUUUGUACGAAAACUCAUUACAAGAAGCUCUGGAGGCGUCAUUUGUUUUUCCAUUGAACAAUGUGGCGGUUUACCAUUUCGAGGCACAAAUCGGCGACAAAAAAAUAGUAUCAGUGUGUCGUCCACGUGCAGAGGCUAAAGAAACGUAUGACAGUGCUGUUGAAGAAGGGCACACAGCAAUCUUGGCCGAACAGGAUGAACAUUGUGCUGAUUUAUUUAAAAUGAACAUCGGGAACAUACCGCCAAAUGGAAAGGUUGCUAUAGUUCUACAAUAUGUUGGACUGAUAGAAGGAAAAAACAUGAAGACAGAUACAUCUAAGUUUAGCCACUCUGAAAUUAUCCUAACUUUGCCAAGCGUUAUCAACCCGCGUUACUAUCCAAAAGAAAAAAAGAAUUCUGACGAGUUUGAGCAGUUUACGGAGCUUGUGCUUGUGAAUUCUGUGCCCUACACAAUAACAUUUGAAUCUGAACUUUGGAUGCCGUCAAAAAUUCUGGAUGUCAAAUCAACACAUGAUAGUUUCACUUGGAACUGUACAAACAAUUCUAAUCAUGGCCUUGUCAAACUUUCCUCUGAGUUUAUACCAGAUCAUGAUCUUCAAAUGGUCCUAAGUCUUUCUGAUCCACUUACAUCUCUGGCAUCUCUGGAAUAUGGUGAUCCGAACCAGUCGUCUAUAUUGGCUAUGAACUGUUUGAUGGUACAGCUUUUGCCUGAUAUUCCUAAUGUCGUCAGUUCUAAAGACAUGCGAUAUGAGUUCGUGUUUUUAAUCGACCGUUCAGGUAGUAUGGAAGGUGAUAACAUUUCUUACGCUAAGACCUCCCUUCUUCUCUUCUUAAAGAGCUUACCUAUGAGUUGUCGUUUUCAAAUUAUUGGCUUCGGGAGUGAUUUUGCUGCUUUAUUUUCAGAACCUACAGACUAUUCUGAAGGAUCGUUAAAUACAGCAAUGAACUAUCAAAAAGACCUAAAUGCUGAUAUGGGCGGUACAGAAGCUUACAAUGCUCUAAAGUCGGCUCUACAUUCAACACCGAGUGGUGAAGGUUGGUUCAAACAAAUCAUAUUUCUUACGGACGGUGAUGUAGGUAAUGCAGAUGAGGUUAUCGGUUUGGUACGAAUGAAUGUUGACAAAGCAAGAGUAUUUACUAUAGGGCUUGGACAAGGAGUAAGCACUGCACUAAUCGGUGGUGUUGCUCGAGCUGGCAAUGGUACAGCAGAAUUUGUUCGUGAUCCCUCUCAACUUCAGUCAGCUGUGAUGAGGACUCUUUCAGCUGCAUUACAGCCAAGAGCUGAUAAUAUUGAAAUGGAUUGGAAGCUAGUCGAGAAAUUUCAUGAUGGCAAGGAGAAACCAAUUGAAGUGGUAGUUGUUCCUAAGCAAAUAGCUCCAAUAUUUCCUGAUCGGUUCUCGACAUAUUUCGGUUUUUUCAAAUCUGAUAAAUCAUCAACUAUCCAAGGACAAGUAAAUUUCAAUUGUAGUGUACUAGGUGAAAAGAAAUCAUUCAUAUUAAGUAUAUCGAAUGAGAUAUUGUUUAAUGACAAGUUGAAUUGUUCUGGAAGUCUACCGAUUCAUCGACUAGCAGGAAAUAUGCGAAUGAAUGAACUUAUAGAUGAAUACCAUAGUAUACAAUUGAAUGAAAUGAAUGAGAAAAAUGAAACAGAACUGAAGUCCAUACGUCAACAAGUUGAAGAUUUAUCAUGUCAAUUGAAUAUAUUAUCAAAAUUCACUUCUUUGGUCGCUGUAGACCCAACCAAGUUAGAUGUUGAUCCGAAGGAAAGAGUUAAAGUCACUGUACCUCUUAUGUCCCGUCGUUUCGCUGCUGCACUAAUGUCAAUGCCUACAGGGAGUAUUUGUUAUGAUACCUUUGAUGGUAAUUUCGAGGGAGCUGUUGGAUGCUGUGUUACAUCAAAGUGCGCUUUCAAUGGUUCGUUGGGUUUUGAUACAGACAUGUGUGCUGAAGAUUUCGAGGGAGCUGUUGGAUGCUGUGAUCAAUUUCAGGAAGUUCAACCAGUUAAAGUUAUGGAAAAACAUAUAAGACUUGCUGAAUUACAAAGUUUUUCAGGAUUCUGGAAAUUAAAUUCUGAUUUAUCUGAAUGUUUUGAAAUACCUCUUGAUAAUUUGACAGAGUUUUUAAAACAAACUGAAAAAUCAUUAUCUCUAUCGGAUGUUACUUGGGGGACCGCUCUGGUAAUUGCAUAUCUGGAGUUAUGUAUGCCUGAGAAGGAAAAUGAAUGGCGCCUGAUAGUUGAUAAGGCAAGAUAUUGGCUCAACACUCAAGGUCAAAUAUCUCAAAAAGAUUCAAAGAAUCCCAGUGAGUCAUGUGAUGAACUUAUUGAAAAAGCUCGUCAGGUUUUAACUAAGUUAUUGAAAUCGACUGCAUCCAAAUAGUCCUUGUAAUGGACAAUCUUAUUGACUUUUUAUUUUGAUUUCGAAGAUUUUUUUGUCUUUCUUUCUUUAUAUAAUGAAGAUGUUGCACUUUGAUUUAUCAAAAUAUACCUAUAUUUGUUUGACAGACUAAUUUAUUAUUUUAACUUUCUCGUGAACAUACCAUGGCAAUUGUAAAAUCACAAUAGAUGUUGACUGGGAUUUCGCAUUCUUCAUCCUGUAUAGCAAUUAUGUUUUCGCUGGAGAAUGGAGUGUUUUGUCGUUGACAAUAGUUAUUCUCUGAAUUGAAUUAUAUGGACAUUAAAAAUUGAUUGGAGUGUGUAUACACUGCUUGUUGACUAUUUUCAAACGUUUAAAUCGGCACCACUAAGACAUGUUGCUCAACUAUUGUUGUACGAUUGCGUCGAUGAUGACUUAAACUAGUGUUCCAAGAACAACUUAAAAUUUGAAACUGUGAUUCAUAUGUGUUCACAUCUGGGUUGCUAUGGCUAAUCAGGAUGUUGACUACCAACUGAAUUCUCAAUUAGAAUAUGGUACCCGACAUGUAUCCAUGAUCUUAAUAAACUCCCUUUCGAUGCGAUUUGAACGCCAUGAAAACUUUUAAAAAAUUAAAACAGUAACUGUAGACUUUAAAAUGUAAAUUCUAGAUUUUAUAUACUUCGUCAAGUGUGUUGGAUUCGUAGUUCAAAAACCUACAAGAUAAGCCUACAAUGAUUGUCACCGUGAACGAUAGAUUGGCUAGAAGGAAUUUGUACAAAUUUCGAGAUGCAUCGAUGUUACGAUUUCUGCAAUCGAAACACCACAAAUGCCUACUAAAUUUAGAAGGCAGGCAGUGCGUUUGAUUGCAGAAAUAAUAAUAUAUUUAUAAAAUAACGGUGAGUAAAAAGAUGAAUUUCUGAGUGUUUGUAUCCUAAUAUAACCUGCUGUUUCAGAAAAAAAAACACGUUUUAAGGAAAGGACGGUCUAAAUAUCCAUCCAACAUGAACUGUUCAUCCAAGUAUUCACAAACUUAAUUCCAUUGAGGACAAACAUAUCCUUCUAACUAUAUUUUCAAACAUUACAAAUAUGACAUUUCCCACACCCACUAAAAUAUACACAAGGACGACUCAACCAGAAUCAAGUUGACGAAAACGACAUUACAUUCCCGAAUUUCAGGUAAAACGAUGAUAAUAUUAUAUGAUUUCCAGUUAUUCAACAUUAUGUAUGACCAUUUGAUCCGGACAUUCUUUUAACAGUCUUGUUCUAUGGAUAUGUUAAGAGGUAAAACAAAAUCAACAUUAAAUAACUUAUACCUCAGAAUCGGUAUUAUCGACCAUGAAUCCUUUUAAAAUGUGUUAUAAACGUGAGUUAUUGAAGUUCAGCACAUUCAAUUUAUAAUGUCCAAAAGUUUUAAUCGUGAACAGCACAGAUAUCUAAUUAAGUCUGAUCUCCAAACUAUUCUUCAGUCAAUAUUAUUUAUAAUGAAAAUCAUCAGUUUAUACGAGCUUCUAGUAAAACUAUGUCAACAAAUAAAUUGAGUUAGAUUUUCUGAAAAUGAAAGUUCAGAUUUUUCUAAACAGUUUACUCUCACGCUGUUAGUUGGUGUUUCAUUUUUCAAUUCGUUCAUAACUCUGAUUCUAUUAACAUGUCAUUCACUUAUAAAUUAGGCAAUAAUUUAUCUAAUACAUACGGUUUAUUCAUGAUGAUAAUCUUUCAAAAUCGAUAAACAUUUGUGUUCUCUACCUCGGUUUCAAAGAAGCUCCUUGUGGAUACGCAUGAAUGUGAAUUCGUUGCUCUCAUAUAUCGUGUCUUACAAGUCAUAUGGUUAUGUUUCAUGAUUAUCUUCCUCCCAAGUUCAAAGGUAUAUCGCUUUAUCUCAAAUAGACCUUGACAUUAUAUUGAGCCUUUUUAUCACUUAUGAUAUUCUGAAACACCUAGUAAUGGGUAAGCUGAAAAAUGAUGCGAACAAUCAUCAUAUUUAAUCGCAUCGAUUGCAGCUUGGUUCAUUCUGACUGUGGAAGCUCUGGAUCCAGUUAUGUAACUACUUUUCCGAGAAUGUGUAGUGGGACUGUUUGCCAGCCCUUACUGAUACCACGUGAACUUUAUUUCAUUCAACGGAGUCUAACAAUAAUGACAGUCUGCUUCCCUAAAAUGUUGUAGCUUUGUAAUGUAUGUGGGUCUAAUAAUUAAUAGAUAAAGAAGGAAACAGAAUAAUUCAAUAUAGAGUAAAAAGUGUGACCGAGUGCAAAGGUAAUCUUGGGGGACUAGUCCGAACGGGUAAGCCACUGAUGGAAGGAGUGCAUAACGUGAAUGACGCAUUACCAAAAGUUCGUCUAUACAUACCCACAUACACUCAGUAAGCUACGUUCGUUUAAACUAAUCAUAUCAGCAUAAUCGUACUAUACCCACUCAAUUAUUUUUUUUAUUCUAGGAGAUUAUUCAUCACUAUAAUUCAUUUGAAUUACCUUGGAUUCGGUGUUUUUAGUGGGUUUUCAAACACGGAGCUUCAAAUUUAAAGAUUGUUUGUCUAUUAUUAUAAUUGUAAUUGUACGUGUAGUACCGCGUCUCGGUAACCGUCAGAACACUUAGACGCUUCGUUUGACUAAAAAUAUAACCCCGUUAGUUGUAUACGAGUUGUGAGGACUCCAUCUGUCACUUGAAUUGGUCUUGAGAAUGCAGAGCGAACUCAAAACAUUUAGCUUAAGUAACAGUCCUCUGUGAACAAUGGACCCACUGAAUGAUAAUAUACUACCAAAAUCUACUUCGUAAUAUAUACAACAGAACGGUGAAAUUGUUUUUUGCUCAUUGUGGUUCAAUGUUAUUAAGACACUCAUCAGAGGUUAUUUAAAUGUAGGCGUUUUAUCUCGAAAAUAAAAUACUCUGGUAAAAUUCAUAAACAAAUAGAGUUGGACAGGAAUGCACCAGAUUGAACUUAUAGACUACUUCAUCCUGGGUUGCUUGUUGGUUGACCUUAAUGUUUUGUCUUCCAUUUUUCUGUAGACAAUGUACAGUCAAUUAAAAACAAAUACCUGCACAUAUGUAUGCACAAGAUUUUUGUUAAUUAUCAAACACAAAAAGUAUUCAGCUAGUAAUAACUACAGUUUUAGAAGAAUUAUGCGUAUUUCUGUGAAUUUGUUUACUUCAGAAAUAUUGAAAGAAGGUUUAUGCAUAUUAUUUUGCUAAUACGCUUUGUAAUCACCUAACAAUGUAGACUAUGUUGAAUAAAAUCCAUAAUUUUGAAGAAACACUGUAAUCUAAUCUAUACAAGUUAUGUAAGAGUUAAUUAGCCAGCUCAUUCCGACUUUUAGUGACCUUGUGUAAUAGUGCAUCGAUAAAUUUGCAUACACUAGUAAAGCUUAUGUGUACGUGGGCGUUAUCACUGGCAUAUGUGAAUCACUUUUUAUGUAAUAAAUAACUAGAUCAACAUACUUACAAAGGUACCAAUAACAGUUUAUUCAUGAUCCACCUAGCUACAUUUUAUUUUAAAAAAACGUGCAUGAUUAUCACAUGAUUCUAAUGCAUCAAAUGACGUGUAUCUUUAUCAAAAGGACAUCGAGGUUACUAUUUCAGCAUAUAUUUUAGAUAUGCUUUCUCCCUACUGUCCAUCCAUAAUAUAGUGAUGUAUUAAAUCUCAGUAUUACGUAAUUUAAACUAGAAUUUGUUCAAAUGGUUUAGUUGAUUCAUUUCGAUUACCUAUAUUUUAGAGUCGGUAGAGUUUACUAAAC